AAUUUAGUACAUCAGCCUAGGGCAGUAACCGGACAAUCCGACCCCUCCGAUCCCGAAUGCCGCUUCUCCGGUGGCAUCCGUCAAACCCCGUUUCGUCGCUUCACGACUCAGCUCUAUUCAAUUAUGAACACCGUUCAUCGCGAACUUGGACCUUAUGGUCGUGCCUGUGUCACUUGCGCCCGCGCAAAAUGUAAAUGUAUUCCUCGAGCUGGCGGUAGCACUUGUGAGAGGUGCCACCGCUUGAAUAAGGAAUGUAUGCAGCCUGUCAGGCGACGAAAGCUUAAACCGCUUUCGAAGAGGGUGCAGCUGGAGCACAAGCUCGACGGGUUGAUGACUCUAUUGGCUUCGGCCGGACAGUCACAGCUCCAGCCCCUCUCACUGUCUACUAGUAAUACAGGGACCAGCAUGAACACAAACAUCGUCACUUCUGGGGCCGAGUCCCCCAAUAGCAAUUCAGAAUUGCUUGGGGCUGUGAUAUCUGUGCCAUAUCUAGGCAAAGACUCGGAAGAAGAAGCCUGUCUAGCCUCUUUCCGUGAAGAGAAGCUCCCAGUUUUCCCAGUUGUUCAUAUUCCGGAUACUCUGUCUGCAAAGGAUGUUAAAGAGCAGUCUCCCUUUCUGUGGCGUUGCAUCGCAGCAGUCCAAUGCAAGCAUCCGUCCCGUCAAUCUGAAUUAUGUGCUAGUAUUCGUGAAGUAGCAGGUAAGAGACUGCUUGUGGAUUGCACAAAAAGCCUGGACCUUCUACAAGGGGUCUUGGUGUAUCUCGCCUGGGUCACAUACCUAACCCAGCCGCAGAAGUCAUCGCUGUGUAUCUAUACACAGAUGGCGAUUGGAUUGGUCUUCGAGCUUGGUCUCAACAAGCCUGCGCCGCCGGAUUUAUGCAUGGCGACCUCAAAUUGCAAUGCAGUGGGUCAUCUGCCACAUUUGAAACCGUCGCUUUCAACCAAGCGAACCAUGAACGAACGGCGAGCCGUGCUUGGUUGUUUUGUUCUCAGUUCCUUAAUAGCACAAUUCUUGGGGCGAAUGGAUCCGCUCCGAUGGACGCCUCAUAUGGAAGAAUGUCUCAAUACCCUAUCCGAAAGCGACGAGUCACCCAACGACAUUGUGCUUGCGCAAAUUACGCGCACACGAUUGCUGGCGGAUAUGAUCUUACAGGGACCUUGGAAUGAGAAUCUCUACGAUAUUGAUAUCGCCUCCCGAGCGCCGGCAUCGUUUCAUAUGAAAGCUAUACAGACGCGGUUUCAAACCUUGAAAUCUAAGAUCCCUGUCGAUCUGGCCGAAAAUAGGUCCAUCCUGUUUCACCUCAUUCAUACCGAGGUCAGCCUCUACGAGACAGCCCUCAGCAAGCCAACAACAAACACAGAAUAUACAGACCCGCAACGCCUUGAUCACCUCUACACUUGCUUAAAGGCCGUCAAGGCUUUCUGUGAGUUAUUAAUAAGUGUUCCCGUCGCUGAACUUACCUCUAUCGCCCUACCCGAUCUAAUUUACACCUCACACUGCCUUGUGACUCUCUUCCGUCUUUCCACUUUCGAUUACCCUGGAUGGGAUCGAGCUAUUGUUCGAAGUACAUUGGAUCUCGUAUUUAUUACUGGUCAGCUAGCCGAUCGACUGAAUACAGUGGCGCAAGUUGUAGGGAUUCAUAGUGAAGGAGAGCUUCGGGAUCCGUACAGUAAGCUAGCCAUGAUGAUGCUGAAGAUACGUGGUGAAUGGGCGUCAAUAUUGUCAGAUUUGGAAGCCGUGGACACAGAUGCCACAUUGGAACUGCCUCUGUUCAACAUGAAUCAGUGGGACUUGGAUAGCUUUCUGAAUUGGUCAGAGGAUUUAAGUUAG